AUGAGCUUGUCCAACAAAGAGUCUUUUACCAACGACAAAAAGCUAACUGCUACAGGCAAAACCACCUCUUUGAAUCCAAAUGCUGCAGAAUUCAUUCCUUUUGCUCUCAGAUUACCAAGCGCUGGUACCACAGAUGCAGGGUCAACUUUUCCUGCAUCUGGCACUUCAACAUUAGGAAAACUUGCCCUAGAUCGAUCGGAGUCAUCUGUUUCAAAUAGCUCAGAUGAUGAGGCCCACCAAUACUGGCGUCGCCAACUCCCUGAUGAUAUCACUCCCGACUUUAAUGUCAUGGGAGAAAAUGAUUCUCAAGAAACAAAUAGCAUCCCUUUUUCAAGGUUAUCCUUGACCGAUGUCAAUGAAACCUCAAGGUACUCUGCUUCAACUGGCAGUAGCUUUAUGUUGAAGGAGCAGCAGGAGUUAUCUCCUCAUCAGAUCAAUGGUAACAGCUUUUCAGAGAAGAUGAGGUAUUCUGUUUCAUCCUAUUGCGAAGCUCCUUCUUCAGCUGGUUUUCAUCAUUUGUCUACAAAACCAUGGGACAAGCAAAUUGUGAACAAUGAUCAGCUUCACAUGAGUGUUAGAGAGGGGUCUCCUUACAAUGGAACUUCUAGACAAGGCUUCCUAAAUGACAUGUUAAAUGAACAAGCCAUGGUGGAAAGUAUAGACAUGAAUCCUCUCGAGUUUUUGGCUUCUCAAUUCCCUGGUUUUGCUGCUGAAAGCCUUGCAGAGGUGUACUUUGCCAAUAAAGGUGACUUGAACCUCACCAUUGAAAUGCUGACUCAGCUGGAGCUCCAAGUCGAUGGUGGUUUGAACCAGAACCUGAACUCCAAGGCCUUGUCAACUCCAAAUCUUAGUGCACUGGAUUUUCCUGCACUUCCUUUGGCUGAUGGUCAGAGUAGCGUGCAGAAAUUUGCCAUGGAUGAUCUCCAACAAAACAUUAGUCCUUUUCGGUCUUCUGAAAAGGACAACAUGCUUUUGUUCAAAUCAAGCUCUUCAAUUCCAUCCCGGAGUGCUGUGGAUUUUGCUUCUGCUGUCAGGAAAAUGGCGUCUCAUGACUCAGAUAUAUGGAAAUCUGAUACAAAUCGGUCAGCAAAUGUUAGUGUUGCCUCAAGUAGAAGUUCACACAUCUUGGCUAGCUCAUACAAUGGUGUUCAGGGGAGGGGCAUUUAUGGUGAAAGGUUGCAGAGUCGGAGUUCAGCUCGUGCAGCUCCUGUCUGGCUCGAAACUGGAGAAGCAGUGGCAAAUAUUUAUUCUGAGAAGAGGGAGGAAGCUCGUGACCAUGCACGCUUACGUAAUGCAUACUUUGAACAGGCACGACAGGCAUACCUCAUUGGGAACAAGGCUUUGGCUAAGGAACUGAGCGUAAAAGGGCAGCUGCACAACAUGCAGAUGAAGGCAGCUCAUGGAAAAGCUCAAGAAUCUAUUUAUCGCCAAAGGUUUGUUGUCCCAUGCCUGCUCUCGAACCAUUUAUUUCUCACUUAGCUGACUAAGACACGGGCUUUGUAUCAUCAUUUAAUAAUGUCUUUGAUCAUUCAUUCAACCCUGCAAUUUGAAUCUUCACUAGUUUUAUCACUUUCCCAUAUCUUCUCUCCUCUUUAUUAUCUGUUUGACAUGUGCAUGUUUUUUUACAAGCUUAUGCAAUCAUGGGUCUCUGCCCCACCAACAUUGGCAAUGCUGCCAUGUCACAAUAUAGGCAACCAUUAUCUUUUAUGGAGAUGCCCUAGUUCGUCAGAUGAUGACAGUAUUCUGUGCUCAUAUAUAGAUCAGGAACCCAGUUAGCCCAGAGAUGCAGGGGAAUGGGAGAGGGCAGGAGAGGAUAAUAGACCUGCAUGGGCUGCAUGUUAGUGAAGCCAUUCAUGUCCUGAAGCGUGAGCUUACUAUGUUGCGGAGUGCAGCUAGGUCAGCGGAUCAAUGCCUGCAGGUUUUUAUAUGUGUUGGGACGGGCCAUCACACUAGGGGUUCUCGCACACCGGCCAGGCUUCCAAUUGCCGUCCAGCGCUACCUGCUUGAGGAGGAAGGCCUUGACUACUCUGAGCCACAGCCAGGGCUGCUCCGAGUUGUCAUAUACUGAGUCAGGGAAGAGUAGGAGUUUUUUGACACACAGCAUAACCCAUGAAAUCAGUCAUGAAUUCAUUCUUGUAUCUUUGUAUAUGGGAAGAAAUGGAAAUAGUCGAAGUAUGCAAAAGAAAAAAGGAAAAAGAACAAAGAAAAAAAAAAUUAUGUUAGGAAGUAAAAAAAGAAAGGCAGGUAAAGUGUAAUCAGCCUACGCAGAACUACAUUUUGGUAGCCACUCAAUGUCGCCUGGCCUAUUUUUUGUUACAUACCUUUUUUUUUUUUUGUAUUUUGUUGUAAUUCAGAUGUAACUGAUAGAUUCAUUUACAUGAUAGGUCAGUGCACCAAGCAUUCACG